AUGAAUGUUCAUAAGCAGUACAUUUUCAUUAUUUGGCUUCCACGUAUAUCAGGUAUCAAUGUCUACGGGGACUCUCUAGAUGGUAUCCUUGCACGAUGGGCUUUCUGGCCGUUCAAAAUAGUGUUCACGACCUCCACAAAUAGCAUAGUGCUUAUUGGCACCGACAGAAGCGAUGGUCGGAUCACUCUUGGGUUGAAAGUCCAGGAUGGUAUUCAUGACCUAAAUAAUAUCGGUCUUGGAUGCAAGCAUGGCAGCAGUAUCAGAAGAUGUGAGAUAGUUCAGGAGGUCGGAUGGGUUGAGGGUUCCUGUAUAUUAGCACCGUCUCACCCGGUAGACCUUAGGAUCCUAGGGGUACUCGUCCUCAUAUUCAUCCCGAUAGCGAACAUCUUAUUCAGCGGCCUCCUGUUACAUCAGAAUCUUCUGGUUUGCAAUAAGCGUGGAUACAUAGUCGGUAACAACACUGUUACGGAACUGAGCCAAAUGUUCUUCAAGAAACAAUCAACAUGUGUGUAUCCGGCAAAAGACGUACAUGAGGGGGGGAGGGAAGGGAAACCAGAUUGUGAGAAGUCCUUGCCUAGUACAAGCCUGUGGGCGGUGAUGCUGGAGUACUCACGGAUUCUACGUGCUGGGUUUAAUAAGCUGUUCAACCUGUUCUAUAACUGGGCUAGUAAUUGUCCCCUGCAAGAGGUUCUGUAA